AUGGCGCCCAAACGCAAGCGCGACGCCGACCUCCCUCCAUCCUCCAGCUCUGCCAUCCACCCCUCCCGCAAGAAGCUCCUGCCCGCCAGCCAUUUCGCCUCCUCCUCACUCUCCGGCCCCAAGUCCAAGAAACCAAACCCCUUCCCCACAGCCCCCUCCCGCAAGAAAAAACACGCCAUCGCGCCCCUCAAGCGCCGCGUGCGCGAUCUCACACGCCAGCUGUCCCGGCUCGAGGACCUACCGGCCGAUGUGCGCAUCGCGAAGGAGCGCGAGCUUCAGGCUUGUGAGUGGGAUCUUAGGGCUGAGGAGGCGGCGGUGAGGAGGAGAGAGAUGAUAGGGAUGUAUCAUAUGGUGCGGUUUUUCGAGAGGCAGAAAGCGACCAAACGGCUGAAGGCUGCCAGGAAGGCGCUUGCGAAUGCGGAGAAGACGGACGGCGAAGGCAAUGAUGCGGCAGCCCUCGAACAAGCAGUUAGAGACGCCGAGGUUGACCUCAACUACACAUUGUACUACCCACUCGCCGAGCCGUAUAUCUCGCUAUGGCCCAAGGCGCCGAGACGAAAGACGAAAACGAAAGCGGCCGAAGUGGAGGAGGCUGAAGAUGAGGAGGACGAAGUGAACGGCGCUGCUAAAGACCAGAGAGAUUCGAGGGCAGAAGCUGAGCUGGAGAAGGGGCCGAGAGGAGACUUGGCCAUGCGGGCUCUAGUCGAGAAGGCGAUGCAGGAAGGGCCGGCGGCGCUGGAGGCACUUAAGAAUGAUCUGCCUUUACAGGGGACAGAGAUAAGGCCAGCCGGUGCGAAACAGAGAACGCGGGCGCUAAAGAUGCCAGCGGAGCGGAUCGCAAAGAAGACGGAGAAAGUGCAAAGGAAUGAGCAGGGCAUGGGAAGCGAACAAGAGGAAGACGAUGUAGUCAUGGAGAGCAAGAAGAGGAGAAAACCUGACACAGACACUCUGAAGAAAGCGAAGAUUCAGGGUGUCGAAGCAAAGAAUCGGCGGGAGAGAAGAGCUGCAAUGAGGCAGUUGGAGGAGGAAAUCGCAAGGGAGGAAGAAGAUAGUGAUGGCGGGUUCUUUGAGUCGGGUCGAUGA